AUGAAUUGGGAUUUUAUAAAUAGAAAGUUAAAGGAAUUCUUUGAACAACGUCGAUAACAAUCUAUAGAUAAAAUAUUUACACUUAAUACUGUCACUGAUUUAAACAUCCCUAAGAAAUAAUUUCUUGAAAUGGAAACUUAAGUUACAGAUGAUCCAAAAUUUACUUAAAUGCAACAGACUAUUCCACUUACAUUAUCUACUCCUAAAAAAACAAAGUCCAAUCCUAAAUCCUUUAGCUAAAUCUCACAUUUAUUCUCUCCUCAUGGACCUGCCAGAUCUACUGCCUCCAUGUAAAUGAGAUAAAUUGUCGCAAGUACUCUAAAAAAUGAAAGCAACAGCUACAACAGUGUUAGAACAAAGGAUAUCAAAAAAGUAUAAGAGUUAGUUGGUUAAAGUAGUAAAACUGCCAAUAAACCUAAUUUCAGAAAGCUUAGAAAAUAAUAAACUGUCGUUUCCUAAAAAAUACUAAAAGAAUUUGACAAUUAAUUUGAUCAAGAACCAAACUUCAAUAUUAAACAAUCAGAUUCACUUAAAUGCUUUAUUACAUAAACCAAAAAUAUUAAUACUUUAGCUAUGCGUGCCUAAUUAAAAAUGAAAUCUUAUGGGUCUAUCAGAUAACUCAAUCAACCAAGUCCUACUAUUGAUAAUUUCACUAAAAUGAAUUUUGCUAAAAGUUCUGAUCCAAGAGUAGGAUUGGAUCGUUUUCUUAGUAAUAAAUGGUUAUAAUUUGUUAUUGAAUAGAAAUCUAUGAGAAAAGAUGAUUAAUUUAAUGAUUAUCUUAAAUCAUAUACUGAAUCCCCUUAAAAAUUAUUGAAUGUUUAGAAACUUAAAUAAAAACAAGAAGUCAGAUAAUAAUUUAAUAAUGAAUUACCUCUUUAACAUUUCAAACCCCAUCGACAUACACCAUUAUCAGCAAAAAAUAAAUAAAUAAAGAAAGAAACCUAAGGAUUAGUGAAAUCUUAUUCUUAAACUGUUUUUGAUAUUGAAAAAAGAAAAGAUGACGAAGAAUUAAUAGAAUUUUAUCCUAUUUAUUAUGAUAAAAAAGUAAAAAGGAGAAGAAUUAUUAGAAAAUUAAAAGUCUUGGCUAAGAUUGCAGUUAUUAAAUAGAUGUUUGUUUAUUAAGUAUUAUAACUUAUUAUUUUAGUUAUUGGAAUAAUAAUAACAAUUAAUUCCAUAUUAAUCUCCAGGUUCUGUAGCUUUUUUAAGAUUUGUUAAAUACAACAAUAUCCAUGCUGCUAAAUAAAUGCUUGAUCAAGAGAAAAAAUUGAUUGGUUCAUUUGAUGAAUUAGGCCAAUAUGCUAUACAUCUAGCUGUAAUGAUUUAAUCAAUCGAUAUGGUUAAGUUAUUACUAUGCUAUGGGGCAGAUGUUAAUUCUAAUGAUUUCUUUCUUUAAAAACCCUUAUAUUUUGCUCUUGUAACCAAUAAUUUAGCAAUUGCUAAAUUACUUCUUGCAUGUAGAGCUACCCCUUGGGAUCAACAUUUGAGAGAUUACUUUGGGUGUUGUAGAAGUCAAGAGGCAAAAGAUUUAAUUAAAUUAGCAUAAUAUUUGAAAAUUUAUAAUCGUGAUCCAGAGUGUUUACUGAAUAUAGAAAAUAUUAAAUAACAUUUGAGCUUAUAUUGA